UGACUCAUUGCCAUCACCGUGCCUCACUGCAAUUCUUCCUACGCUGCUGCUGAGACUUGAGAGCCACAGAGAAUCGCUUCUGUUCGCGAGAGCUCAAGCUUCACUACUGAAUUUAAAUGGAAUUUUCGGACACGGCUCCUUCCGGCGCCGCUUCUUGCACUUCCGCCGCCAACUGGACCGUCGCCGGUGGCUCUCUCAAGAACUCCGUCACGUUCGAGUCCCCUCUUUCCUUCAUUGACGACCAGGACUGCGACAGCGGUGACAAUUGCGGUCAGGAACCGGUCGACGAUUCAAAUUCAAAAUCGGAGUCUCCUCUCAUCCUCUACCCUCCUUCUCCUGAUUCCGUUUCCUGCGAGAUCACACUGACCUUCCCGCAGAAGCAAGAGGUGAGGCAGGUCUAUGUUAGAAGCACAGCCCGAGUCUUUGAAAUAUAUUGUGCCCCUGAAUCGGAGAGCAGUGCGGAGUAUCUGUGUACUGUUCGUUGUUGUGUUGCUGUUAGGGAUGAAGAAGUCCUUCGUGCAACUAAUAUAGAAGAAGCUGUACUGGUUCAUCAAAUGGGCUCUAGUAAUGAUUUAGCUAAAGGAAAAAUUAGAAAUGGUGCUAGCCCAACUGGCAGUGAAGAUGACUGGGUUGAUGUCAAGGCUCUUCGUAAUUCUCUGCCCUCUAAGGAAAAUGGUUCCAUGUCAUCAAAUUCGGACACAGAUGCAGGGUGCAGCUCACAGGAUCUAUAUGAAGCUACUGCAGAGAUUAGUGACACGGAUCCUUGCAAAUCACUUACGAUCAGACUUCUGUCACUUCAGAACAAAGGUUGUGUAUGCAUUGAUCAAGUCUACGUGUUUGCUUUCCCCAUUGAUGCAGCUACCCAGGAAACUCAACCCAUUUCAGCAGAAUGUUCUUCUGGAAGCUCGCUCAUGGCUAUGCUUAUUCCAACCUUUUUUCAAUUGUCUAGAACUCAUGGCGUUGGCCGGGAACAAGAAAAGCUCAACAUUGACAGAAGUGACCAACAAGUAUCUGUUGAAACGUGUCUAACGAUUACUGAUGCAAUGGGGACAAGAAACGUAAGUGAGGAACUGGGUCCUUAUGAUACUCAGUCUCGAGAAGAACACAAGUCUGGGGAAGUGAGCCCAGUAAUACCUGAUUCAGUUAGUACAGAAGAUAAAGUACAGCAUGAAGAAAAAGAUCUUCCAUCUUUUCAAGAAGGAAUCAAGUUGCCAGAUGCAGUCCAUAGUCAGAUCCCCGCUAGUUCUUUUGAAACAGAAUACAGAGCCAGGUCAUCACAAAAUUGCACGGGGAGUGUUCUUGAUCACCUUGUAUCUCGGGUCAACAGAAUAGAAGAUUUGAUAUUGAGGUUUGAGGGAAGUAUUCUCGAACCCAUAAACAGUAUUGAUAAGAGGCUCCAGCGAGUAGAGCAGCAGCUUGAAGUGAUUGCAAAGAAAAGCCAUAACCCUGGUACUAGAAUCUCAGCUCCUGAAUUUGCAUGCGGUGAAGCAGAAGCCAACUCGUUAUAUAACAGUGGAAGUUUAGAUCUCAGUUGUAUGGCUUGCGAGGAUACGAAGAAGGACCCAGCCUCAGCUGCAUCAUCUAUCCCUCCUGAAGAAAAUGUCAAUCUGGUACAGCCCAGUCUGGUAGUCAGUACCCCUGAGUUUGAUAAUGCCGAGGAGGAACAAAAUCUCGCAAUGGAACCAGUUCCAGAACCUCUCAAGUCUGAGCAGAAACAUUCUGUAUCAAUUGAUGAUGCUUUGGCUUCAGCAUUUGCUGGCUUCUUGUCUUCCACUUUAUCACAAUGCCAGGACAAGUAUUCUCAAACUCUAGCCACGAGAGCUCCCGACUUUCUCAAUGAAGAUGAAGACGAAAAUGACGAUGAUACGACCUCUUCACCAAAAAUACAGUCACAAACUCCAAUGGAUCCUCUAAAUAAUGAUGAGAUUCCAGGUCUCUCAAAGUUGCAUCCAGAAAAGACCACAGGCCUUUCAGCUCCUGUCAACGAAACUUGUGGGGCAGAUGGCUUUACAGCUUCAGUUUUAUCUAUGCCCUGUAAUAAGAAUGUGAUUGGAUCACUAGAUGCUGAAGGCUUCCCGUACACGGAAAGAACACCUAUUGGGCAGUGGCAAGAUGGUGAAGGGUGUGAAGGUGAUACACAGGACGUUGAACUACAGCAGGAAGAGGCUGAAGAUCCAACAAGCAAUGCUGCUAUUGUCCAGCCAACUGAGAUGCUAGAAGAGGCAUCCAAAGAACAGACUAACCACAGCGAUCCAUCUCAAGUUGCUGCAUUGCGUAAAGUAUCUGGUUUCACGCCAGAUAACGAACAAGACUCGAACCAAGAUGCACUGGAGAUCAUUCAUUUCUCGCGUACCUCUUCUUCAGUAGUUGAUUAUGAGAAGCCCAUACUGGAGGUGAAAUUUGCAAGUGGAGAGGGAUUGAAUGGAGGGUCUCCUCUGCAAUCACUUUUGUCUGGGUUUGGCGAUGUGGACAUUGAAGUUCCUUCAACUCGAGAAACAGACGAAAACAUAUCUGGACAUAUUGACAAUCAUGGCGACUUGAUUCCGGCAGAAGAUUGGGAAGCGGCCGGCUCUACAAUGGAGAGCUGCAUUUUCUUGGAUAUGAACUAUUACAGCCUCGAAGACGAACACACGAACACUAAAGCAGCUGAGAACCAGGACGAUUGUGAGCCCUGUUACAAUCAGGAUGGGUCUGCAACAAGCCUCAUAUAGAUAAAAUAGCCAUUGCGGGAUUACAUCAGGUCAGAUGAUGUUAAAGCGGUAAAUGCUAGCUUAGUUUUAGGUUUGAGGCCGCAUAUACCAUUAUUGAUUAUCCUCACCUCUUUUUUGUGGAAAGUUCUGUUCAUGAUUGGCACGGCUUCUCCUUUCUUCCGGCUGUAAAAUGCCGCUUAUGAAAUAACUAGGGUGUCAGGCGUAGCCAGAAUUUCGUUCUGGGUCUAUUUAUGAAAACAUAGUUUUUGUCAACUUAUUAAAUUACUCAUGAUCUACACCUCUACACCAAAU